CCCAAUAAACAAACUAAACAAACCCACCUCCCUCUCUCUCUCUCCUUGGUUGCUUUGUUUGAGAGAAACCCACUUCAUUUAUCCAACUCUCCAUUAGAAAUCUUUCGUCAAGUUGUGUUCUUUGAGAUCCUUUCAGUCUCAACUUUGCCCAAUUGACAUUACCUUUCGAAGGAUUGUAUUGUUACUUGCUUUCUUAGAUCAAACAGAAACGUGUUAUUAAUGGGUGCUUCAGGAAAAUGGGUGAAGUCUCUCAUAGGUCUCAGGAAAUCUGAAAAAGAAGACAGUCAGGAGAGUGUGAGUGGUAAGAGCAGGAAAUGGAAGCUGUGGAGGAGUUCAUCAGGGGAUUUGAGGUCUUCGUGGAGGGGUUUCAAAGGGAAUCACAGAGCAGCUUCAGAGUGCUCUGAUUCUUCACCAAGGGCUGAUGCUUUUACUGCUGCAGUAGCCGCAGUAGUCCGAGCUCCACCUAAGGAUUUCAGGGUUGUGAGGCAGGAAUGGGCUGCCAUCCGGAUUCAAACUGCAUUUCGUGGCUUCUUGGCCAGAAGGGCUUCGAGGGCAUUGAAAGGUAUUGUGAGGCUUCAGGCUCUAGUCCGAGGUCGACAAGUGAGAAAACAAGCUGCAGUAACAUUGAGAUGCAUGCAGGCCCUUGUCCGAGUUCAGGCAAGAGUAAGAGCUCGUCAGGUGCGAAUGUCCGUUGAGGGGCAGGCAGUGCAAGAAAUGCUCAAUGCACACCGCACUGAAGCUGAACUCUUGAAACAAGCAGAGGAAGGGUGGUGUGAUAGCAAGGGAACAGUGGAGGAUGUUAAAGCAAAGAUACAGAUAAGGCAAGAAGGAGUACUCAGGAGAGAAAGAGCAUUGGCAUACUCUCUUGCUCAGAAGCAAUGGAGAUUGAACCCCAAUUCGAAUACCCGAAUGAAUGGCUCAGUAUCGUCCUUCAAGACUCAAGACUUGGACAAGAACACCUGGGGUUGGAGUUGGUUAGAACGCUGGAUGGCGGCCAAGCCAUGGGAGACUAGGUUGAUGGAACAAUCUCCAACGGCCACCUCAGUGACAACUCCACCUCCUAAGACUUGUGUGGAUCAUGAAGGGACUCGGUCAAAAUUAUCUGAACCUUAUUCUGUGAAAGUGAGAAAGAACAAUGUUACCACUCGAAUUUCAGCUAAGCCUCCAAUUGGGCAAGCCACUCGCUCUUCUUCUAGCCCGAGUUCUGAGUUUCGAUACAAUGAGAGCUCAGCUUCAUCGUCAAUUUGUACUUCUACAACACCCAUCUCAGGAAACACCAUAUUGGAAGCAGAUAGAACAGAGGAGAGUGGCAAUAGUAGUAAGCCUAGCUACAUGAACCUGACUGAAUCAACCAAGGCAAAGCAGAGAGCUGGCAGUUAUUUAUCCAACAGGAUUCAGAGGCAAUCAAUGGAUGAGUUUCAGUUUCUCAAAAGGUCUGGAGCAUUCUCUAAUGGAGAUUCAAAAAGCAGUGCUGGUUCUGAUCCUUCUUCAGUCAAUUCCUCAAAGCCACUCUGCUUGCCAACUCGAUUGGACAAGAGGUCAAUGAAACAACUCAGAGAGAGUGAACUUCACUAUUGAGGAUAGAUAGACAAACUUAAGGUGGCCUUAGAAGUUCAACGACUUGUUGUUCACCAUUAUUUAUCGGUAUUGUAUUUUCUUGAACGCUUGUUAACUCUGAAACUGUAUCGCAACGGUCAUUUAGAUUUCUUGAGAGUGAAUUCAUUCUGUAAAAUAGUUCAUUUAUGUUGUCAAAGUCGACUUUUUUCUCUGUCCUA